AUGCCUCCCAAGAAAGCUACUGCUGCCGCGACCAAGAAGGCCGGCACUGCUGCUCACGCCUCCUACCGCGAUAUGAUUAAGGAUGCCAUUGUGAAUCUGAAAGAGCGCAAUGGUAGCAGCCGCCAGUCCAUCAAGAAAUAUGUUCGAGCCAACAACAACAUCACUGUCACCUCCCAGGCCGCUUUUGACGCCCAGUUCAACAAGGCCAUCAAGGCCGGUGUUGACAAGGAGGAAUUCACCCAGCCCAAGGGUCCUUCUGGCCCCUUGAAGCUUGCCAAGAAGGAGCCUGCUCCUAAGCCCGCCGCAAAGCCUGCUGCCAAACCGGCCGCUAAGCCCGCUGCUAAGAAGAAGGCUGCCCCCAAGGCCGCUGCCACCAAGACUGCCGCCACCAAGACUGCCGCCCCCAAGACUGCCGCCCCCAAGACUGCCGCCCCCAAGACUGCCGCUCCCAAGAAGGCGGCAGCUAAGAAGACCGAGAAGACUGAGAAAACCGAGAAGGCCGAGAAGCCUGCUAAGGCCGCAGUUAAGAAGUCUACUACCACCAAGAAGGCCGCUGGACGACCCAAGGCCAACACUGCCAAGCCCCGCAAGGCCUCGAGUGCAGCACCUGCUGUCGUUGACCAGCCCAAGGUUAUCAGCACCACCAAGUCGGGGCGUGUGACCAAGACAACUGCUGCACCUGCCGAGAAGAAGAAGCCGGCAGCAAAGAAGGCCUAG